UUCUCAGUUCUGACAUCCAUGUUUCAUUGUUGGUAAAAUGUGAAACAAACAGUCCUCAGUAGGAUCGAAUGUUCAUAUCGAAGGAGAUUUACGCAUCUGUUUUCAUCGCCUUGCGAAGGCAAAAUUAAGAAUUACAGAACUAUGAGUGGAGGUAUACCGUAUUUAGGUAGCAAAAUAAGCCUGAUAUCGAAGUCAGAAAUUCGUUAUGAAGGUAUACUGUAUACAAUUGAUACUAAGGAAUCAACUGUAGCUUUGGCAAAAGUCAAAUCAUUUGGAACUGAAGAUAGACCAACAGAGAGACCAGUUGCUCCAAGAGAUGAAGUUUAUGAAUAUAUCAUAUUUCGUGCCAGUGACAUAAAAGAUCUUCAUGUUUGUGAACCGCCCAAACCGCAGCAAACUCUUAAUAGUGGUCUUCCUAAUGAUCCAGCAAUUGUACAACAUUCAGCUCCUGUGCCAUCUGCAUCAAAUUCUUCAUUCGGUCAAUCGGGUAGUUCCUUUGGUCCAAUCGGUGCUUUGCCUUCUUACCAAAGCUAUUCAUCACAGUCCAAUCUCCAACACAUUCCACAGCCUUUUGCAACUCCUAACUCCCAGCAAUCUGAUUCUAGGUCAGAAACUCCCACUCUUACACCACAGCAGAGGAAGAGCCCAUCCUUAGAUGCCAGCAUUCAAGUUUCAAAUGCAGCAAAUCAUCUUCGAAGUGAUGUUUCUGAUCGCUCUGUAGUACAACGACAGCAAGGCAAAGGGCCGUCUCAGCAGCAGGCUCCCGGGUCAUCUAAUCAAACAAGACGGUCCCUGCCUCAGAGCCAUAGGCAACAGCGCUCACCUCAACGUGGAAGGCAUCAAAGAAGAGGUGGUCGUGGCCAAGGAAGAAAUCGGCAGAACUUUUCUGGACGAUCGAAAGAUGUUUUAGACUUUGAAGGUGAAUAUGAUUUUGAACAAGCAAAUGCUGAAUUCCAAGAAUUAGAAGGGAAAUUAGCAAAAGUAAAAAUAAGUGAUCAAGAUGAAAUACCAAAGUCUCCACCCCCAAAUGCUCUCAUUGAUACUGAUGAUAAGAAGGAAGAGAAUUUGUGGAAUGAUGAGAAUGGUGGAGAUAAUGGCACAGAAGAAGAUGAUAGCAAAACGUUUUAUAAUAAAGCAAAAUCUUUUUUUGAUAACAUUAGCUGUGAAGCUGUGGAAAGGAGUAAAGGAAAUGUUCACCGGCUUGAUUGGCGUCAAGAAAGAAAAUUGAAUGUUGAAACAUUUGGUGUAUCUGCAAACAAUAACUGGAUUCGCAGAAAUGCAUGGCGAGGUCGUGGUAAUUACAGGAACAGAGGCUACCUCCCUCGUCGAGGAGGCAGUGGACAUAGAGGUGGACGAGGGAUGAAUUUAGGUGGUGAUAGACAAAAUCUCCUCCCAUCAAAUGUUCCAGUUCAGCAAAAGCGGUGAGAAAUGAAACUACCAAAGUAAUCUUUCUUAAUUUUUAAUGCUGCUGAGCUGGCAGCAUAGUGGUCAGCUGGUGUGCAGUUUGAUACAAUCAAGCACAUGGACGUAAUUUUAUUAAAAAAUAUUUUAUGUAGUUUUGCAAUUUGACGUCCCUUUUGUAACAGCAAAAAGGAUUUCUCUAAAUAGUUUAAUCCUUAAUUUGACAAAAUUAUAUUAUCUUUAUUUCAGUAUUUUAUAGUAUUGUAAAUAGGUGGGCAUUGAUAUGUAAAAUUACUAAUGAUGUUGCUAAAUUAUAUUUUUAAUCUUCUGGGGAAAAUAUGAAAUUUUUAUUCAAAGAUUAAUCUUAUUUUGCUCUUCAAUAAUUGACAUAUUUUUAUGUAGAAAGAAAAAACUGCAUUUUUUAUAGCUACAUGUUAUAACAAUAAUAGUAAUUUACGGAGAAUGUUUUUUUCAGUGAUGUAACUGUUUUAUUGGUAGUUCUUUUUUGUUAUUAAUAAUAUUUGUCACUGACAUUUAUUUAACAGCUGGUGGAAUUUUUCUAAUUUGCAACUUAAAAAAAGAGUUAUAAGUGUUAUGUAAAAACUUUGAAACCAGAGGGUUUUUUUUUUUUUUUUUUUUUAGUCUGAAACUUUUGAUUUAUGAUAUCGAACCAUCUGUUAGCUUGAUGUUUUCUCUAUUCUGUAGAUUUUGUAGUUAUUCACGCACACUUAGCUCAUCUUUUUAAAUAUGAAUAUUGGAACUGUAUUUUUUUAUCUAUAACUGUAGCUUUCUUUGAAUUUUGUGAUAGGUAUGUAAUUGAUGCAUCUCAAAAGUACAGGUUAUCAAGAUGUAAAUGACAGUUUUGAAUUAUAGGCGAUUAAGCCAAAAAUGUGACAUUUUAUUCACUUUCUGAAAUCUUGAUUGCUGUUUAUAUCAAGAUUUUAGAAUUGUUGAACAAUGUGUAAUGAACUACCCCCCCCCAAAGUUUAAUAUCAAUAAAAGCUUGUUUAUUUAAUAUACUUCAACAUAUUUUUUCUGCAUCAGUAUUUGUUGUGAAAUGAUAUAUAAUUUGCUAUUACAGCAAAUCAACAAGGUGUACUGGUACUUAUUUAAAGAGUCGAUAAGUGAUCAUAGUUAAAAUUAACUCCCCUUUUUAGUACUCUUUAUUCUCAUUUAAACUUCAUAUGAAAAAUAAAGUUUUGUUGCGGAGUGUUCUGGUUAAUAUAAAAAAUGUCCACUUCAUUCAUCAAAAUGUAACUGUAAAAUGUAUGCUGUACUUAUAGAAUUAGAAAUUUUACAUGAAAUAUACCUUGCAGUUUUCAAGCUUAUAAUAAUUUUUAACGAAAUAACUUAUUCUAAAUUCAUACAUUUUACAACUUUUUAAAUAAGUAUCCAUUUAUCCUAAAUAUAAUAAAAUACAACUUUUUCUGAGCAAAAAAUAGAGUUGGGCUUCCCAUGUUUGUACAAUAGAUACCAAAUAAAUUUUUUCUUGAUGGAAAAAAAUUGCUUUUAAUUCACAUGUUUUAAAUAACAGUGUGUGUCUUUAAUGAGCGAGUUAUUUAUAGUACAUGAAAAAUUGGAGAGUUCUGACACGGUAAAAUUAGUCUUUCAAAAUUUAAUUUGUGCAUGUGAUUGUCCAAAGUUACAUUCAAAAUAUGUUGGCUUCUGCUUUAAUGCUGUUGCUGUAAACAGAAAAAUCAAGAAUGAAAUAAAAAUUUUCUUUAUUUUAA